CAAUUCUAUUAUUGAGUUCAUGUAAUUCUGAUACCAUUGUGAAAUACUUUUUUUUUUAUUCUAAUUUAAAAUUCGAAUGCCGAUUGUUUUAAAAAAGUGAAAAAAGCGGUAAAAUAAAACGUAUUUUUAGCGGGAAAGAAAAAAAAUACCAGUACUGUCAGAUUCGUAACCGUAUUCCGUAAAUUUGUACGAUAAAAGCAGUGUCGCAGUAUUAAAGCUAUAUAUUUGCUAAACUAAUUUUAGUGAACUUGAUUUAAUAAAAUGUCGAACGCAAAGAAAUCUAGUAAGUCAAAGUUCUUGGCGGAAGAUUUAAGCGAUUUCAUAAAUAAAAGCCAGUUUGUAAAAGAAUCUCCGAAGCCCGGUAAACUUCAAAAACGUAAUAAAUCAGCGGCUCCGGUUAUAGAAGAAGAUGACAUGUCCAGAUUAGUAGUUGACCAACAAGUAAGCAUGAAAAAAAGAAAGAUCUCAGCAAGUCAAGCAUCUGAGACACCUCAUAAAGUCCGGGACACAAUUAUGCAGCAAAUAGAAUCAAGACAACAAUGUAAUGAUCUUAUGCUAAACAACUUGUCAAAUAUUAUAAAGCAACUAGAAGGUGAUCACACACAAAUGAAAGAAAAUCAAGAUAAAUUAGAGCAACUCACUGGAGCUCUAUUGAAGUGCAUUCAACAGUCUAGUGCUGCUCAUAAACAAAGUUUCAAGAUGUUGUGGGAAUUCCAUGCCACUUUUAAAAAGAGAUAUGAGGAAAUGAAUGUUCUGCAUAAAGCACAGAAUGAAAAACUGACUGAAGAAAUUGAGGAUGACCUGAAGAAUUUGGAGCAGAAGCUAAUAAUAGAAACUAAGCGAAGUGGCUGGGACAAUUUACGCAAAACGAUUUUUCAUGCUAUGCAAAAUGAUUUGUAAACUGACUAUAUUCACAAUGAUUGCAUUUUAUAUUUUAGAGACAUUCCUAGUAGAUUUUUUGUUAGAAGAAUAUGAAUAAAAAAAAUCUGUUUUUAGAUAAUAAGUAGCUGUUUGUUACACUUAACUAUUUUCACAGUGAUUUGAUUUUAGAAAUAUUGUAAGAAGAUUUUAUGUUAGAAGAAUAUGAAAAAGUGAUUUUUGUUUGCAUAAUAAAUAUUUAGGAUGUGUUUGUUUCUUUCAAAGAUA